GUAAAUUUGCGAUUAGUACGAAUUUCAAUUUUGUUUUGACAAGAUAUCGUUUUUUUGCGUUGCGCGGAAUGUCUGAUAAUCAGACAAAAAUACUCAUCAGCGCUGCUGUCGCUGUGGGCACCUUGGCUACAGCUACUUUGGCUUAUUUGCAUGCGAAAAAAACGAAUGAUCCGAUUCCAGCGAAAUGGAAAAAAGUGGGUGAAAUUACCGAUUUGAAUUGCUUUCCCGUUGCAUCAUGUGCGCCGAUCAAGCGUAAAUCUUUUGAUUGUCACAAACUGGGUGUUCAACUUGAAAGUCUAUUUGAUCGUAGUUUUAUCGUAACACGAAACGACAAGCAAGUCAUUGGUCAACAUUGCCCCAAUUUAGUACUCAUUCAACCGAAGGUUGAUGGUAACAAUUUGAUUUUGUCUGCUCCGGGACGUUCUGAUUUUGUAUUGGACUUGGCCAAACUGAGAAAAGAGUCGAACCGAACGAAAAUCGACUGUAAGCAUACGCAAGUGUUGGGAGUCGACGCUGGUGAUCCAGUUGGUGAUUGGCUGUCAGAGCAUGUAGGUGACGAGCCGGGUGCCAUCCGAUUGAUAUUUUAUCCGUAUAAUUAUCCAACAAAAGGAGUGCCAGAAAGAGACCGGAAAUAUAAGGACCUAAAAGAUGAAGAUGUUGGCACAUUCCAUGGGAAGUCCAGUUUUAUGCUCAUUAAUCAGAAAUCUAUCGAUGAGCUUAACUCAAAGCUCGAUCAGAUGGUUAAGCCGUUGCAAUUCCGACCAAAUUUCCUUGUUCAAGGACCUGAAGCCUUUGAUGAAGAUACCUGGAAAUGGGUUCGAAUUGGAGAAAAUGUGGUGUUCCGCGUGGUGAGACCAUGUAACAGAUGUUUGUUCAUUACUGUGAAUCCCGAUACUGGCAUUGGUCACCCACAGAAUGAACCAUUUAAAACGCUCACUAAAAUCAGAACAAUAUUCAAGGGCGACCCACCAGUAAUGGGUAUUCAAUUAGGUCUUCGUAUUCCGGGCACUGUGUCCAUUGGAGAUGCAGUUUAUAUAAAUGAUGAAAGUGAAGUUUAA